AUAGGCUAGUUUCCGGUUAUAAUGAGAUAGUCCUUUUCCUCUACAUUCACCCAAGAGUGAAGACGUAGCAUUUCACCAUGCCAGGUGGUGUACCUAGUCUACAUAGCAAAACAUGCACUACUCCUAGACGUCCUUUUGAGAAGGAGCGUCUUGAUCAGGAGUUGAAGCUUAUUGGAGAAUAUGGUCUCCGUAACAAACGUGAAGUAUGGAGAGUCAAAUAUACUCUUGGCAAGAUCCGAAAGGCAGCCAGAGAGUUGCUGACACUUGAUGAGAAGGACCAAAAGCGACUUUUUGAAGGUAAUGCUCUCCUCCGCCGUCUUGUUCGCAUUGGUGUGUUAGAUGAGGGCAAGAUGAAACUUGAUUACGUUUUAGGUCUUCGCUUGGAGGAUUUCUUGGAGCGCCGUCUGCAGACUCAAGUGUUUAAACUUGGCCUUGCUAAGAGUAUUCAUCAUGCUCGUGUGCUCAUCAGACAGAGACACAUCAGGGUGCGCAAGCAAGUUGUCAAUAUCCCAAGUUAUGUUGUUCGCUUGGAUUCACAGAAGCACAUCGACUUUUCACUGAAAUCUCCUUAUGGUGGUGGCAGAGCUGGUCGUGUUAAGAGGAAGAAUGCCAAGAAAGGUCAAUCAGGUGGAGCUGCAGAGGAUGAAGAUGCAGAAGAUUAAUCUGUAUUGGGAGGCUUGUGUCAAAUUAAACUGUUAAUCUGAA